AUGGAAACUGUUCCUAAAGAAUUAAGACAUUUGCGUGCUUGUUUAGUUUGCUCGUUGAUAAAGACCAGUGAUCAAUUUGAAAUCGAUGGAUGUGACAAUUGCGAUGAAUUUUUACGAAUGAAAAAUAACAAAGACAAUGUCUUUGAUUGUUCGAGUGCUAAUUUUGAUGGAAUGAUCGCAGCGAUGAGUCCUGAAGAUAGUUGGGUAGCUAAAUGGCAACGAAUAAAUCGUUUUACGAGAGGAGUUUAUGCAAUAUCAGUAUCGGGAAGAUUGCCAGCGGCCGUAAUUAGGGAAAUGAAAAGCCGGGGAAUUGUUUAUCGUCCACGUGAUACAAGUCAAAGAUAA